AUUAUGUAAUUCUAUUUAUUCUUGGUAUCCACCAUCAAAUUGUAUGUACUAAUUUAAUGAGAACUUUUCACCGACAACACUGAUUAUUAAAAGUGUACAUAAUUAGUCACUAUUGAAUUUAAAAUUGCAAUAAAAUGCAACAAUAAUGGUGGCGUUUUCAGACAUGUAACAAAUCUCUUAUUGAUUCAUUUUGCGACUGAAUUAUGCUGGAUUUCGUUUUGAAUGUUAUCAAAUUUCCAUGAAUUUAUUAAAAUCUCAUUUGGAUUGCAUGAAUACACCAUCUACUUUCUGGAAAUGUAUAGAUUUAGUUUUGUUCGUAUUACGAGAGACUAAAAUAUGUGUGUAUUUAGACGAUUUCUGUUAUUUACGCUUAUUCUUUAAACAAAUAUUCAAUUGCUUUUUUUACACUCUGGAAAGCAUCAGUGCCAAAUGAAAUUAAACGAAUAUGAUUAUAACGUAAUUGACAUACUUGGAGAGAUCAAUUUUAAUCUGACGUGUUGUACUGUAAUUUUUUAACUUAUCCCAUACUGCAAAUAUUUUUAACUGCAAACUAUACAGUAACAAAAAAGCUGAAUAAUACUUUGGAAUAAAAUAUUAAACAAUAAUACUUAAUCUUGCCGAACUUUUCGAGUUUCAUAAAAGCAUAGAAGAAAUACUGUAUAAUUAAUCCCACUGAAAUUGAUUCUGAAAAAUGGUCGAAGUUUCAUCUCUGUAAUGUACUAUCUACCCCAUGACAUGAUUGUCAUAUGUAUAAACAUAUGGCGUCAGCACAGACAGAGCUACAGACGUAAAUAGGAGUAGUACGUUGCUAUUUAUCAGUGUUAUUUCAAUGCUCCGUUUUACAAUCCAUGAUAUCCAUGAUAUAAUCUGUAAAUGUGAUAUGCAAGCUAGUUUCGUUUGGUACAAAACAACACUAGAUUAAAAUCGAUAAAUGUACAAUAAUGAGGACUAGAAAAACAUUUGCAAUACUGGGGGCAGGUUUAAUAUUGGCCUGUUGCGUGAUGAUAUAUUUAAUGAUGGAUUUAGCACUUUUCCCUCCUGGACAAGGACCUAAACUUUCUGUUAACGAUAAUCAGUGGUUACAUUUUGAGAACAGGUUAGCAAAGUUAGAAAAAGACUUCAAUAAGCAUCAUGAAGUCAUGAAUGCUUUGCGAGAAGUUGCUGAAGCAAAAAGCUUUGUCCCUAUAGCUCAUACUAUAAAUCGUUAUAAUCGAUCCUUAUCGUCAAGUUCCUCUCGUUUAGGAAAAGUACUUACAUGUAACUUUAAUAUGCAGAAAAUACCAGAAGUAGAUAUACAAAUGUUGGAGAUGUAUAGACAAUUAGAAUUUGAUAAUAUUGAUGGUGGAGUUUGGAAGCAAGGCUGGGAUAUUACUUACGAUGAUAAACAGUGGCAUCCAAAAAGAAAAUUAAAAGUCUUUGUAGUUCCACAUUCUCAUAACGAUCCUGGAUGGCUUAGCACUUUCGAGAAAUAUUAUACAUUACAGACUCGGAAUAUCUUGAACAAUAUGGUACUAAAAUUAGUAGAGGACAGAAGACGUAAAUUCAUUUGGGCAGAAAUAUCAUUUUUCCAGCUUUGGUGGGAAGACCAAUCAAAAACGACACGAAAUUUGGUACGACGUUUAAUUCACGACGGUCAGUUGGAAAUUGUAUCUGGGGGAUGGGUCAUGCCAGAUGAAUCUGUAUCUCAUUGGAUGGCUCAGCUUACGCAACUUACCGAAGGUCAUCAAUGGUUAAAAUAUAACUUAGAUUAUACACCAAAUUCAGCCUGGAGUAUUGAUCCAUUCGGUCUUUCUCCAACAAUGCCGUAUCUUUUAAAAAAUGCUGGACUAGAAAAUGUAUUAAUACAAAGAGUACAUUACUCAGUUAAAAAAAAAUUAGCUAGGGAAAAACAUUUAGAAUUCCGAUGGAGACAAUUAUGGGACAAUGAUGGAUCAACAGAAAUCUUUACACAUGUUAUGCCAUUUUACAGUUAUGAUGUACCUCAUACUUGUGGUCCAGACCCAAAGAUAUGCUGUCAAUUUGACUUCUUUCGACUUCAAAGUUUUGGAUUAACUUGUCCAUGGAAAAUAGCACCGCGAACUAUCACUAAAGCGAAUGUUGCAGAGAGAGCUGCCCUGUUACUAGAUCAAUAUCGAAAGAAAGCUCAACUCUUUAAGACUGAUGUGGUACUAGCGCCAUUAGGAGAUGAUUUUAGAUAUACACAUUUUACUGAAUGGGAUGCUCAAUAUACUAAUUAUCAAAAGCUGUUUGAUUAUAUGAAUAAAAAUGAACAAUUAAACGUUGAGAUUAAAUUUGGAACGUUAAGUGAUUAUUUUGAUGCAGUUAAAGAGAAAUAUAAUUUGACUGAGUUUCCUACUUUGUCAGGAGACUUCUUUACAUAUUCCGAUAGAGAUGAUCACUAUUGGAGUGGAUACUAUACUUCAAGGCCCUUUCACAAACGACUAGAUCGUGUUUUGUUAAGUUUAUUAAGAGCUUCAGAAAUAUUAAAUACUAUAGCUUGGAGCAAAGGUAAUGAUAAGCUGGCAGAAGGAACUCUUGCUCAACGUCUAAGCAAAGCAAGAAUGUGGCACUCUCUGUUUCAACAUCAUGAUGGUAUCUCUGGAACUGCUAGGGAUGAAGUAGUCAUAGAUUAUGCAAAAAAGAUGAUAAUGGCUUUAAAUAAUUCUGCUCAUGUGCUUCAACACUCUGUAGUACAUUUAUUGAAAACACCUCAAGAAUCUAUAACAAAUAUAGACAGUGUGUAUAUAACGCUUGACGAAUCCAGAUUACGUCAUACUAGUGCUGGAGACAAACAAGUACUUAUAUUAGGGGAUGAAAAUCCUUUAAAAAAAGUUAUUCUCUACAAUUCUCUUCCAAGACAAAGAACUAAAGUACAAACACUGAUUGUUUCAACUCCAUAUGUCAAAGUCACUGAUCGCAUGGGUCAACCAGUCCAAUGUCAGAUUUCUCCAAUAUGGAUCGGACCUGCUGCACUAACUGCCGCUAGAUACGAGUUAUCAUUCCUAGUAACUGUACCUGGAUUUGGUAUCACAACCUACAUAAUUCAUGCUCUACCUAAAACAUCAUUUCCAUCAAAAGUGCAUCUCGCUAAUGUGACUGUUUACAACACGGACAUUAGUCUUCCUAAAAUACCAGGCUUCGGACAAAUUCAAGUAGUACCAAAUGCUCAAGAAUUUUCGGUUACUCAAAGACCAGACUUGUCCGCGUCUUUUGGAAAAUCUGGUCUCUUGAAAGCUUUGAAAGUCGGUAAUACUACAUUCCCUGCUCAUUUGGAGUUCGUCAAGUACGGAACUAGGGGCUCGGGUAAAGACAAAAGUGGAGCUUAUCUAUUUUUACCUGACAAGCCAGAACCAGACUUGGUAUUUAUGGAUAAUAAAUGUAUCAUACAUUUAAUAACUGGGCCUAUUGUCUCUAAAGUAUUUGUAGAAUUAGCUCAUGUCCGUCACACUUGUAUAUUGUACAAUUCACCUGGCAGUGAUGGGCUUGGAUUACACAUACUCAAUGAAGUUGAUAUAUCAGAAACUCAAAACUAUGAGCUUGCUAUGAGAUUGAGUACAGACAUAGCUUCAGGAGAUCAAUUCUUCACCGAUUUAAAUGGACUUAAUAUGAUUAAGCGCCAAAGAUUUCCAAAGCUGCCUACUCAAGGAAAUUAUUAUCCAAUGGCAGCAAGUGCAUAUAUAGAAGAUAAAAGAGUUAGAUUAACGGUAGUAACAGCACAACCAUUAGGUGUAAGUUCUAUGGCAUCAGGACAAAUUGAGAUUAUGCAAGACAGAAGAUUACUUCAAGACGAUAAUAGGGGAUUAGGUCAGGGUGUAACUGACAACCUAUUAACAAAUCAUUGGUUUAUGUUCGUUCUUGAAAAAAGAAAAUCUCAGUGUCCAUCUCCAUCGCCAACAGCGAACCAUCCUGGAGGAUUAAUAUCGCUAUAUGGUCAUUUAGCUUCAGAAGAAUUGUUGCAUCCAAUAAUUGCAAUGCACCCUCAAAAUGUUUUAGAAUUUGAUUUAAAUGCGUCCUUUGCGCCUCUUCGCUAUGAUUUUCCUAUAGAUUUAAGUGUCGUUAGUUUUAGGGUAUUUCCUAUACCCGAUGGUGCUGGUAAAGGUGUCGGAAUGGUUUUGCAUCGAGCAGCUUUAGACAUGUGUUGGAAUGACAACUCUUAUCAACGUUAUUUCAAUGUCUCCGAGUCUGGAGAAGUUGAUUUAACGAAGUUCUUCUAUCAUAUAGAUGACUGGAUUAUCAGUAAAGCUCCUCUUACAUUCCACAAUGUAGGACCUUCUUUGAAAUCUCCAAUCAUUAAUUUAUGUCCACACCAAAUAUUACCAAUUUUGUUUCACAAAACACAAUCAUAAGUUUAAGAAAAGUUAGUUCUUUAUUUUCAUAUAGUUCAAUACAAAAUCACUUGUUUCUCUUGCUCACCGAUCCACUGUCCACAGCCUUACUCAUAAUAACAUAGUGCAAUGGGUCAGACAUCGAUGGACUGGUUUUAUCUAGCUUGUAACUGCAAUGUAAUAACAUUGCUUACAAUAUGCUUUGUACAGUGAACUAGUAUAGUCCAUAAUUUCUACUGCCUAAUGUUUUAAUACUGUUUACCAAAUGAAGUGUAAGUAGAACUAAAUAAUAAAAUUAUAAUUUUACUUUGAUGACACUGUGCCAUUCCCAUAUACAGAAUGUUCCGCAUAGCAUAGCAUACUUCCGCAAUAAAUAAAAAUUGUAAAAUAUAAUUUGGUCAUUUGAGGUUUUAUUUUUGAAAAUUAAAAUUAAAUAAUUCAAAUGAUUUUGAUAGAUUGCAAACAUGUUUAUUGAAAUGUUUUCUCUUGCUGCUAUGAUUUAUCUUAGAUAUUACAUUGUAUUUUUAUCAAUAAAACAUGUAAGCAUUUAAAAAUAAAAUAUUCCUUGUUACAUAAAGUAUUUACUUUGGAUCAUUGGCACAGUGACAUUAAGUAAACUAACUGUACAAAUAGAAAGUUACAAGAUAAGAAUACAUUUUCAUACUAGUCGUAUCAAUAUUUGUA